AUGUUUAACGGUGGAUCAUCAUCAUCAUACGAUCACAUGGUGCCAAAGAAGGAGACAAGGUUGAAACUAACGAUAAGGAAAAAAGAUCAUCACGAAGACCAAACCGAUUUUCUUCAUCAGAACCCGACAAAACCCGAUUCAGACUCCGACAAGUGGAUGAUGUCCCCAAAGAUGCGGUUGAUCAAGAAAACAAUCACCAACAACAACAGACAGCCCAUUGAUCACACUGAUAAUAAUCAUAAAGAUGAUCACUACCCUUUAAAUCACAAGACAAUUUUCGAUGAAGAUCACGAUGAAGAUCUCAAAAAAGUUUCGACCAGGACGGCCACGGAAAGUCGCAACAAUACAAUCACCGAGAACGGUUAUGGUAAUAACAAUGGCGUGAUUAGGGUUUGCUCCGAUUGUAACACAACCAAGACUCCUCUUUGGCGAAGUGGACCUCGAGGUCCCAAGUCUCUUUGUAACGCAUGUGGCAUAAGACAAAGAAAGGCCAGACGCGCUGCUAUGGCUGCAGCCGCAGCUGUGGGCGACCAAGAAAUGGUGGCUGCGCGGUCUCAACAAUUACCGGUGAAAAAGAAGUUGCAAAACAAGAAAAGGCGAUCUAACGGAGGAGACAAAUUCAAUCUCUCUUCUCCCGUGGUGCCCAAGGCAAAAAAGUGUAAGUUCAAGGAAGAAGAGGAAGAGGCGGUGACGGUUGCCGGAGACUCGGAGAUCAGCAAAUCAACAACGUCUUCUACUUCUUCCAUUUCGUCAAACAAACUUUGCUUCGAUGACUUGACGAUAAUGUUGAGCAAAAACUCAGCUUAUCAGCAAGUGUUCCCACAAGAUGAGAAGGAAGCGGCUAUUUUGCUCAUGGCUCUGUCGUAUGGAAUGGUUCAUGGUUGA